AUGUAUCUGGCUUUCGGGCUAGCAACUUCGAAGGACAUUCACUCUUGGGAGUCGGCUGCGGUCGAAAAGCUCCAUCUCCAGAAGUACAUUCGAGAAUGGUGCGGACUUUUUGUUUUCAUUGAGCGGUCCAAUAUCUACCUUGCCCACCAGACUGCGAAGGAGUUCCUAAUUCGGGAGUCAGAGAUGGUAUGCGGCGUCUGGAAACACUCACUGAUUCCCGCAGACACUGCAACAGUCAUGGUGCAAAUGUGUGUCCGUGCCAUAUGUUGGCCGCUGGGAAUAUACCAUCAGCUUUUCUUCGACAAAAAUCCGGGCCACCAGUUCGUGGAAGACACAUCGACAUUGGUGGCGUAUGCUCAAGAUUCUUUGCUCUUCCAUCUGACAGAGACAAAGAUGGAUAGACUUGAUCUCUUGCACGACGCACUCUGCCUCGUGCGGGAUCAACUUCAAGCAGGAGCUCUCCUACCAGAACAAUUAAAAACCGGAUCGCUGGGCCAUCACUUUCUGCUACUGAGGAGGAUGACUCUUUUGUUGGCGCAGGUUGCAGACCUCUUCUAUUGUAAGAAGCCGUCCAGAUGGAUCCUUCAUUGCGCUGCUGUACUAGUGGACAUUAUAAGAAAAUUAGUCGACCUUGAUGUUGAGGGUUCCUACGCAACAUAUAGCUGGUGUGAGGCGCUAGUGUUUUCGGCGGAACAGGGUUCUGAGCAGAUCCUGAGAAUUCUUCUCUGUGCUGGUGAGAAAUUCAAGUUGAAGGAGAGGGAUCUUUACAACGCACUGCUCGCUGCGGUCAAGCGUGGUCAUACACAUGUCGUUCGAAUCCUACUCGAUGCCGGUGCCGAUGUCAACCGGGGCAAUGAAAACGUGCUACGGGCCGCCAUUGACCACGGUCAUGGGGAUGUCGUAUUGCUCCUGCUUAGGGCUGACUUAAAUAACUGCGGAAAAGGAAAUGGAUUCGAAGGGGCCCUAGUGGACAACCAAUCGCCCGAGGUGGAAAGACUGCUCAAAUUGAAGGUGCAAGUUCUGACACACGACCUCCAUGAUGGCUUCUGGCUGGAUCUAUCUUCAGACGUGGACGAGGUCAAACGGAUUAUCAGCAUCCUAAAUUUGCCGUACCUGACGUGGCAUACUGACACGCUCGCUGACUUCCGGUGUCCAAAUCGCGAGGUCAAGAAAUACAGCCGACUGGGGUUUCUGCGACGGCAGAAGAAAAAGGAAAGACGUGCAAGGAUUCAGUCGUUGAUACCAAAAACCGUGCACGAGGUCAGGGAUGGUUGA